CAGAAUGCAUUAUGCAUAUAAAAUAUGUUUUAAUCUUUAUAACGUUUACAUAAUCUGUCUGUCUCUCUCUGUCUUUCAGGUGUGAAGUUCAGAGGAACCACUCAGUCCAGACAGGAGCAGUGCGCUCAGUUCAGUGAGGUCGUGGGCAGCGUCUCGGCUCGACUCGGCAGAGUGAACCAGCGGUCAGAAGAGGCCGACGUCGACCCCAUCUCCCCGAUGCAGCUGCCAGAUUCCCAGUGGAAGCGACAGGCCCCCACGCCGGGGUCCCGGGAGCACGACCCGGGCUCUCAACAGGUCACCAAACGCCACCGGAAACUAUUAAAGACCAGCCCGGUGCUGCGACCCCACGUGAACUCUUCACAAUCACCGCCAUCGAGCUCACGCCGUCUGUCUGACGUCCAAGAGUCACGUCGACGGAUCAUACGGGAGGUCUGCGGGAAAUAUCGGAGUAAUAUUUCACGGACGAUAACGCCACAUCACGUUUCGAGGAUUUACGUGGAGGACAGACAUAAACUGCUGUACUGCGAAGUGCCGAAAGCCGGAUGCUCAAACUGGAAGCGAGUCCUGAUGGUUUUAGCCGGCGUCGCCAACUCGACGCGAGAAAUCAAUCACGUCGCCGUUCAUUACGACAAUCAUCUGAAACGUCUGGACAGCUUUGACCGUCAAGGCAUCACUAAACGCUUGGAGACCUACACCAAAGUCCUCUUCAUCCGAGAGCCGAUGGAGCGACUGGUUUCUGCGUUCAGGGACAAAUUCGAGAGCCCCAAUUCCUACUACCACCCCGUAUUCGGAAAACCAAUCAUCUCCAAAUACAGAGUGAACGCAUCGCAGACGGCGUUGAAGACGGGAAGCGGCGUGACCUUUCGAGAGUUCAUCCACUAUCUUUUGGACGUCCAUCGUCCUGUGGGAAUGGACAUCCAUUGGGAAGCGGCUAACCAGCUUUGCAGCCCCUGCCACCUUCACUACGACUUCAUCGGGAAGGUCGAGACACUGGAAGAAGACGCCAACUUCCUUUUAAGAAAGAUCGGGGCGCCGGAGAACCUGACGUACCCCUCGUUCAAGGACGGGAACCCCAAAGCGGCCAGAACUUCCACUCAGAUCACGCAGCAUUAUUUUUCGCAGCUGAACGCGUCCGAGCGCCAGCGGGCGUAUGACUUUUACUACAUGGAUUACUUGAUGUUUAACUACUCUAAACCCUACAAAGACCUGUACUGAAGCUUGUGCUUUAACCGCUGGUUACCUGUGCGCGCUGUCUGUUGUCCGAUCAAUGCUUCAGAGACUAAUUAGACUAAUCCACAAUUACACAGUCUCAUCCUCUUUGGAGAUUCAACCGUCGAUAACCCGGAACACAUCACUCAUUUACAUUAAAUGGUCUUUAUUUGGCACUUAAAAUCUGAUGUGUGUACUAACCAGGCGUGACUUGACAAGUUACUAGUGAAUAACUCAUCUGUCACACUGACAGCAUAAAUUGAGUGGUGUGUAAAAACUCACAAGCAAUCACAAACAUUUAGUAUACAGAUACACUACCGUUAUAAGAGUUUGGGGGUCGGUACGAUUUUUAAAUGAAAGAAAUUAAUACUUUUAUUCAUCAAGGAUGCAUUAAAUUGAUAAAAAGUGACAGUAAAGACAUUUAUAAUGUUACAAAAGAUUUCUGUUUUAAAUAAUUCCUGUUCUUUUGAUUUUUUUAUUCAUCAAAGAAUAUCCUAAAAUGAAAAUGUAUCACUAAAAUCUUCAUGAGAAUUUUAGGAUAAGUCAAUUAAAAAAAAUUUUUUUUCUUUUUGGGGUGUAAAAAUUAACUACAAUUACAAGUAAAUUUAUUUUUUAUUAAUUUGAAUUUUGGGAGAAUUUUUUUUUUUUUUUUUUCUGUUUUUAGGCAGCACAACUGUUUUCAACACUGAUAAUUAGAAAUAAUAAAUUAAUUGUUUUUAAUUCAUUUAAUUAUAAAUCAAUUUAUUCUUUUUUGGGCACAGAAAUUCAGUCCAACUGUUAUUAACACUGAUAAUAAUAAGAAAAGUUUUUUGAGCAGCAAGGAUCAUGUGACACAGUAAUGAUGCUGAAAAUUCAGGUUUAAUCAGAGUAAUAAAUUACAUUUUAAAAUAUAUUUACAUAAAAAGCAGCUAUUUUAAAUUGUAAUAAUAUUUCACAAUUUUGCUGUGUUUUUAAUCAAACAAAUGCAGCCUUGGGGAGCAGCAGAGCCUUCUUUCAAAAACAGUUUAAUCAUAUUUUGUUUUUAAUUAAUUAAAAAAUAUAUAUCAUUUUGGAAAAAAAUAAAUUUAUGUUUUUUUGUUUGUUUUUAUGCAACACAACUGUUUUCAACAGUGAUAAUAAGAAAUAAUAAGUAAUAAAUAUAAAGUUAAUUUAUUUUCAAAUUAUUAGAAUUUUGGGAGAAAAGCUGCAAAACUGUUUUUAACAUUAAUAAUCAGAAAUGUUUCGUAAGCAGUAAAUCAGCAUAUUAAAAUAAUUUCUGAAGGAUCAUGUGAUGCUGAAGACUGGAGUAAUGAUGCUGAAAAUUCAGCUUUGAUCACAGAAAUAAAUUACAUUUUACAAUAUAUUCACACAGAAAGCUGCUAUUUUAAAUAGUAAUAAUAUUUCACAUUUUUACUGCACUUUUGAUUAAAUAAAUGCAACCUUGGUGAGCAGAAGAAAGUUCUUUCAAAAACAUUUUUAAUAAUCUUUUGUUUUUUAAUUAAUUAAAAAGUUUUAUUAUUUUGGGAGAAAUUAAUUUAAUUUGUUUAUUAUUGUUAUUAUUAUUUCUAAAUACUUUCUGAAGGAUCAUGUGACACUGAAGAGUGGAGAGUAAUGAUGCUGAAAAUUCAGAUUUGAUCACAGAAAUAAAUUACAUUUUAAAACAUAUUCACAUAGAAAACAGCUAUUUUAAAUUGUAAUAAUAUUUCAUAUUUUUACAGUAUUUUUGAUCAAACAAAUGCAGCCUUGGUGAGCAGAAGAGACUUCUUUCAGAAGCAUUUUAAAUCAUCUUACCAACCCCAAACUUUUGAAUGGUAGUCUAUGAGGGGGAAUUUUGGACCAGUGAGAUGUUAGUGUGGGCGGGGCUACACUAACUAGAACCCAAAUAAACAACAAAAUAACUCAGAUUAAGAAAACUGUUACUUUGUUAUGUCACGCCUGUUACGUUACACUGUUCAGAAGACUGUAUUACACCAUAAAUAUAGAAAAGGGCAACAUUUGUGAGAGUAAAAUGACCCUUUUAUGUUAUAUAUUUAAUCUGCUACAAAAAAUACCAUGGUAUUACUAUGUUAUCAACGUAUUCUUUGCAAACAAAAAAAAAGGGAUAGUGCAGUGAAGGUAUCGUGGUAAUACUUAAGUAUUUUGAAAUACACCAUGGUGUACUAUUGUGUUUCAGGGUAGAUCUAAGAAUACCAUGGUCCUGCAAUCAUACAGCACAUCUAUAAAAUAAACCAUGGUAGUACCAUGGUACAUUUUUGUAAAUACUAUAGUAUGUGAAUAUGGUAAAACCAAUUUACCAUGAAGUAUACUAUACAAAUACUACAUAAUAUAGUAGUCUAAUCAUGAUCAUUGUACCAUGGUAUUUUUGAAAGCGUUUUCUCCUAUUAUAUAUAUAUAUAUAUAAAUAUAUUAAGCAGAUCACUCACUUCCCUUUAGCAAACACACUUGAUCCUUCACCACUAACUACACUGAUAUUUUCAGAUAAAUCUAUAAUCUAUCUAUAAUUGUAAAAAGGGCAUUCAGAGGAUUAUAUUUUUCUAUGUAUUUGUAAAACGGCUUUAGAUGUGAUCAAUGCUUUUGUGCAAAUUCAUCUCUGAGGUCACUGAGCGUCUGUUGGGUUUGUGAGUAUGAAACGAAAUGUGCACUAGAUCCUAAAACCAUGUUUAUUAGACUAGGACGCGUGUGUGUGUGUGUGUGUGUGUGUGUGUGUGUUUCCAACACUUCGCUGAUGUCUUAUACGUGAGUUUAUUUCCAAACACAGCACAUUAAAUGACUAUAGAACAGAACAGAAUUUAUUUAUCCGAUGCAAAACACAUUUUAAGAGCUAUAUAUGAUGAGCAUAAUAUAUUUUUAUUUCAUUUUAUUUUAUUAGAGAUCACAGAGAGUAGAUUUAUGUCAUAUAUGAAGAUGUGAGAUGGUGUGUUUCACAGUAAAGACUGAAUCAGCUUUAUAACCAUGAGUGUUUCUUCUGUCACCCGCGUCCCUCACACUUCAAGAAUACGUUUAUAAAUAUAAAUAUAUAUAUAGAUCUAUAUGAUAUCACACAUACAGUAACUGGUGAAUGUAUAAAUGUUGUUGGUGCAAAACUGUACAAAUCCAUAUGAUCUAUAAGCCCUUUGCCUUAUUUGACACUGCCAGUGUUUCAGGAAGAGCUGCAGUCGCAGACUGACAGUGAAUAAACAUUUUGUCUUUGG